UCAAGGCUGUUCUGUUACUGUUAGUUGUUAACAGCGUAGGCAAGAGGUUAUAAUAUUAAACACUACUGAGGAAGUGAAAAUUGACAUUUUAUUAUAAAAAUAUGACUAUAGUCACUCAAGGAGUCACUGAGAAGAAGCUUUCUCAGCAAAAGGAACCUUUAGUGACGAAAGAAGUGUCUGAGGUGGAAAAUGGGCAUGUUGAAGUAGGACAUCCAAAGGCAAAAAUAGUGAGAUUCCAGGAACGUGCUAGGCGUGUUAAUUCAGCUACAACUCUGUGUGUCUUUGUUACUGCAUUGUUAGUGCUUACAUUUGGCAUCAUUGGUGGAGUGUGCUUGUACAGACAAUUUUCGCAGUACAAGUUCCGUCAGUUCCGAGGUCGGUGCUCUGUUCCAUAUAAUGUGUAUGCAUCAGAACAGAAGCAAGUUGUAACUAAUGGCUUCAGAAAUUACAAGGAAUCUUUUGAGAAAAAUUUCUCUACAUCCUCAAGCAACAUGGUACAAGCAACAAAGAACCCCUACAAGAAUUUUUUUACGGAAGAGUUUGAGAUUGACAUAGAGUAUGAAGAGUAUGAACAGAUCGAGGUACCAGAUUUCUCUCAUGGUCGACAUGGACGAUUCAUUCAUGAUUUUAUUGUGAACAAAACUGGAAUCGUGGAUCUAGAAGGAAGACGGUGUUUUGUGAUGCCACUCAACCGUAAGCUUAUCUACCCUCCACAUUCUUUAGUUGAUCUGAUGUUGAAAAUGGAGGCUGGCUAUUAUGAUGUGAACACAGAAAUUGUCCGAGAAAGAAUGUAUGUUAUUACACCACCUAUCACUGACAAGAAAAUAAUGGGAUAUCAUAUUGCAAGGGCUUGCUCUGCUUUCCCUACAUAUCAUCUGGAAAGGAUGCCUAUUUCAAAAGCUAAUGCAAACAGACCUCAGAGAUUUAACAAGCGUAGUGUGGAAAAGGAUGAAAAUAAUGUGUUUGUUGAGUUUGCAGGACCUAACAUCAGUGAGAUACAAAUAAUUAACCUUCAUCAUGCUGUUGGUGCACCAGUAGAGUAGCAACAGAAACUGAUCAAGCUGUGUUUUUCUACUGAUUUUUUUAGCAGAAUAGUCUAUUUACUUAGAUAUUUCUGUACAAGUUCAUUAGCUUACAUACUCCCAACUAUAACGUGUUGUAUGGUAUUGUAUUUCAUCAGUAAUAGUUGUAGGGAAAAAGCUUAAUAUACAGAAUCUUGAAAUAAGUUUUUCAUUAUAUUAUGUAUUCAAUUAAUUGAUUUAACUUUGACCAGUUAUACGUUUAAUGUAUGUUUGUAACUUUUAGGAAGUUACUAAUUCUGAAUUGAUUUGCUUUAUUUAGGCUAAUGAUGUAAUCACAUUUUUUAAAUUUACUGAGAUAACUGUAUAUACCAGGUAUAAGCAAGUUCUAUUGUUCUUUCUACUGGUGUGUAAAUAAAGUAAGUGGUUAAAGUAAUUACAUAAAAAUUAUUGUAGGCAUUCCUCUUUUAUAGGUUAAAGAAGUGUCAGAAAUCAUUUAAAUAUCUCUGAAACAGUACUCUUAUCAGUGUCAAACAAAGCUUGCAUAUUUACAUUUGAGCUAUUAUUUACUAAUUUGUACAAUCAAACUUUUAUUUUCUUGGAGGGGGGGAUAUGUAUAAUAACAAAAUAUACUUGAUAUUUUCAUCACUUCCAACUGUAGUCAUUCUAUAAGGUAGUUCUGCAUCCCCUGGAUGCUUCAUAACAUUUAAUAAAGACUUAGUUACUUUAUUGUACCAAAAUGCUAUGGAGUAACAUAGAUACAGACAAUGUUCUGUAAAAUUUGAAAAAUAUGAAUGUUUUAAGUCUGCUAAGAGAGUUUUUCAUUCUUAGUGUAUAUUUCAAUCUUAACAUUGCUUCAGUCUGUUCUGUUAUUUUAAUUAGACCCCUUUUUUCAGUAAUACUUAUUACAAAAGCAAGAUGUAAACAUUGGAAAAUGUGAUUAGAUAAUAUUGUGUAAUAAAUACACAAGUCAACAUAUGUACAAUACUGAUAUUUUAAAGUGUUUCAGUUAUGAUAUAAAAAAUGCUUUUGUGGAAGUGGCUGUUCGUAAUAUAAGAGGUGUUUUAUAAUAUCACAUUUUCAUUUUAAAUCAUUAGUUAUUACGUAACAUGUAGAAUACAUGAAUUAAAAAACAUAAGUAUGGAAUUAACUUUACCAUAUUUACCUAUAGUAAGUCUGUCUCAACAUUAUGUUAAUUAGGUAUAGCAUACAUGUAGGAAAGUAGUCAAUAUAAAAUGCAAAAUUAGUAUUUGUAUGUUUUAAAAGAAAACAAUUCAAAUUUGACAUUGGAUAAGAAUUUCAUCAAAAUGUUUUUAGCAGGUAGCAUCAAAACAAGACAAUAACCAAUACUGAGUACGAACCACUUUCAUACCAGUAGAAGUAGAACACUAAAGGAUAACAUUAACUAUUGUUGUAUAUAACCUGCUCAUUGUUUCAUAGUAGAGCACUAAAGCAAAACAGUUGUAAGUAUUGGGUAUAAUUCACCCUCACAGUUUGUAGUCUAGAAUACUAAAGCCCAACAGUUACAAGUUUGGGUAUAAUUUACCCUCACGACCUAUAGUCUAGAAUACUAAAGCCCAAUAGUUACAAGUUUGGGUAUAAUUCACCUUCACAGUUUGUACUCUAGAAUACUAAAACAUAAUGAUUACAGCAUUGAGUAUUAUUCACUCUUUCAGCAUGAAGUGGACAUUGAAGUGUAACAAAUUAUAAACAGUCUUGAGUACAAUUCUUUUUGUUAUUAUAGCACUUAAAACGUCUUAGUAUUUAGGGGGGGGGGGACAUUUUUAUAAUCUUGAAAUUUACAAUGGCCUUUGUUAAUAGGUUUUAAUCUGAAAGUCUUUCUACACCCCUCCCCUCCCCAAAUCUUUAUAUGAACAUUUAUUGUGCAGAAGAAAUUUAAGGUUCCAGCAUUAUUUGGUUUGCAAAUCAAGUUUCUCUGUUUCAUUUUGUGUUUGUUUCUAUAUUCUUAACAGUCUCCUAGUCAUUUAUUAGGGUGGACAUGAUAUAUGAUUCUUCUUUGUGCGGCAUGCCAACUGAAAGUUAGCUCUGUCACGUGCAUUAGGUAGAUUGCUUAGCUGAGAGGUUCCCGUUUUUUUUUCAGUACCUCCUUCAAAAAUUCAUGUCUUUUGUGCACUCACUUUUUAUGAAACUGUUUUGAAAAGGAAAUGUUAUUUUUGCUAACAGUAUUUUAAGGGAAGAAAAUUCUUAACUACUCAGGUCCUUGCACCUCUCAUCAUUCCUCCCGUGGGGAUACCCAUAUAGUUUCAAAAACCCCUAGUUUAUAUCAUUAGCACUGGUAGAUAGGUAGAUAUAAAAUUUGUAAAUGGAUAGUCAUGUUAAAUAAAAAGAAUGUUAGGACUAACUUCAGUUACAUUUAGGGGUUUGUUUUGCAUACUGUAGCUUCUGCUUUGUGCUGAAGACCAAAAAAUUAGUUAGUAUGGUUUACAGUUAGAUCAUUUUCCAAUAGUCCUGUACAGAUUUAAGGUAUUAAUUAGUAGUGGUGGGAUGUAGUAUUUUGCUACUGGUAUUUUUUUUGUGUAUGAACACAGUCUAAUUUAUUCAGAAGUACAUUGUUCUACAUAAAUUGAUCAAAUAUAUUUCUUUUUGAUGGUUGUCAGGUACUAAAUACAUCAGAAAUAUUUCUUUGUCUAAAACUUUAACAUUAAAUAGUAAUUGCCCUCAUAAUUAUAUAACCAAAGGUCUAAACAUAGAAUGGAAAGAUUGCAGUGAUAUACAUUUCUUUACACUUGUGAGCUCCAUAGUUUGGAAAACAAACACUGAAGUACUUUAAAACAGUUUGAAAACCUUACUUUAAAUAAUACACCAAUUGUGUGAAGAAUUAUGACUGAUUAGCACUGUUAAGUAGUGUCAACUCUGAUUCUUUAUGAUGUGAUGGACACUGUGUAGAAAAGUAUAGCUCUUUAAUCAUCAUAUUUUAAUAGCAAAAAAAGUUAGAUUCCAUUAGUUUUUCUUUUUAAAUCAGUGUUGACUUAAAAAAAAAAACUUACCAGUCUAAGUCUUCAGUUGGCAUACAUUUGACAUUAUAUCUCUGAGUUUGUAGUUUCUAUUCUUUAUUUUGACAAAAUGAAAGAAAUCUAGUCUGUAAUACAAAGUUUUAUGUGUUUAUUUCCUCCCUAAAUACAGAUUUGAAUUUUUUGAUUCAGAUGGGAAAGGGUACAAUUUGCCUAGAUUUAAUAAUUCUGUUUUCCAUUGAACUUUUAUUCUUGUAUAAAAGAAUUUUUGGGUUCAUAUUUCCUGUAAUUUUGAACUUGGAGUAGAAGUAAAUGCUGAAUCAAAAAUCUAUAUUGUCUCCUGUUUCCAUUUUUACUUAAACACAAUGGAGAAUAUUUCAACAAUUUAAUGCACUCUUAUUUCUGUUGGGUUGUAACCAAGGAGACAUAAUUUAUCAUGUUCACCCUUUCAGCCAUUUAGGUUCUUACCACUGAUGCCUGCUGUCUUUGAUCCAGAUUUGCUGGAAUAAGGUGUUGGCUUCCAAAGAUAGCAGUGCUUUAAUCAGUGGUUUGUGUUACAGAUGUUUAUAUUAAUUGGAAAAGAUCAUAAUUUUUUUUAAGUAGUUCUUUUAAUCAAUUGGUGUGUGUGUGUAGUUAUUUCACUUUUUCAUUGCUUCAGAUAUUAAAAUGGAAACUGCUGUAAUUCUGGUAACGUAUAAUAAAACUUUAUUACAUGGUA